AUGAGUGAAAAUCCCUUCAAUGUUCCUCUAGUUGAUAACGUGGAUGGUGAAGAUAUUAUUAACAGUACAGAUGCGUUGUCGAAGCCAAAUUCUUCUUUAGAAUACUGUACUCUCACGGUAGCCGAAACUUUGGAAAAACUUGGGACAAGUGCUACAAAGGGUCUGCAGUCGUUUGAAGAGGCAACUAGGAGAAGUGAGGCGUAUGGUCCAAAUGAAAUUAAAGUUGAAGAAGAUGACCCUUUGUGGAAGAAGUUUCUGUCGAAUUUUGUAGAAGAUCCCUUGAUCCUUUUGCUAAUUGGAUCUGCAGUUGUGUCCUUUAUCAUGGGCAAUAUUGAUGAUGCAGUAAGUAUUACUGUUGCAAUUGUGAUUGUGGUUACUGUUGGGUUUAUUCAGGAAUAUAGGUCAGAGAAAUCUCUCGAAGCAUUGAACCAACUGGUACCAGCAGAGUGUCAUCUGAUUAGAUGCGGCCAAGAAUCACAUACUUUAGCAUCGAAUUUAGUUCCCGGUGAUCUUGUUAGUUUCAGAAUUGGUGACAGGAUACCUGCCGACUUGAGGAUUGUUGACAGUGUUGACUUAACUAUCGAUGAAAGUAAUCUAACAGGAGAAAAUGAACCCGUGCAUAAGACAUCGCAUCAUGUUAAUAAAGAAAGUUUCAACGAUCAGCCCUACUCCAUAGUCCCAGUCGCUGAUAGAUCGUGCAUUGCCUAUAUGGGUACCUUAGUGCGAGAGGGACACGGUAAGGGCAUUGUCGUAGGCAUUGGAACGAACACCUCUUUUGGCUCUGUUUUUGAAAUGAUGAACUCGAUUGAGAAGCCAAAAACCCCCCUACAAUCUGCUAUGGAUAAACUUGGUAAAGAUUUAUCUCUUGGGAGUUUCGUUUUAAUUGGUUGUAUUUGCUUAAUUGGUAUAAUUCAAGGAAAAUCCUGGUUAGAAAUGUUUCAAAUAUCUGUUUCUUUAGCUGUUGCUGCAAUUCCUGAGGGUUUGCCAAUCAUUGUCACUGUUACUUUAGCUCUUGGAGUCCUACGAAUGGCGAAACGGAAAGCUAUUGUAAGAAGAUUACCGAGUGUUGAGACUUUGGGCUCUGUUAACGUAAUUUGUUCCGAUAAAACAGGUACGUUAACGUCGAACCAUAUGACAGUUUCGAAAAUUUGGUGUUUGGAUACGAUGGCCAACAAAUCAAAUGUUAUAAAUUUAGAGAAGUCUAAGAAUGUUAAUUUCAAAAAUUAUUUGACCGACGAUGUUAGGGCCACCUUACUUAUAAGUAGUGUGUGCAAUAACGCAUCCUUCUCACAAGAGCACGGCAAGUACCUAGGAAACCCCACUGACGUAGCUCUUUUAGAGCAAUUGUCCAAAUUUGAUAUUAAGGAUAUGAGAUCGUCCUUCAAAAAAUUGCAGGAAAUUCCUUUUAACUCUAAAAGAAAAUUUAUGGCUACGAAACUAGUAGAUUCAGAGGGAAGUUGCGCUGUAUAUGUCAAAGGUGCAUUCGAAAAAAUAUUACAACACUCCAACAGUUUUGUUACUCAGAAGGGCAAAACAGAGAGGUUGACCGACGCCCACAAAGAAACCAUCAUUGACACAGCUAAUUCAUUGGCAUCAAACGGUCUACGUGUCCUAGCUUUUGCUAAGUUAGAAUUACCAAAUGCUCUCGGAACACUAAAUGAAGAAGCAAUCACAGAUCUUUGCUUUGCUGGCCUGAUCGGUAUGAGUGAUCCGCCAAGGCCAACUGUUAAACCAGCUAUUGAGAAAUUACUGCAGGGUAGGGUGCACGUCAUCAUGAUCACUGGUGAUUCUGAAAAUACAGCUGUAAAUAUUGCCAGAGAAAUUGGAAUUCCGGUGAUAAAUCCUGAAAUAUCAGUUCUUUCUGGAGAUAAGUUGAAUGAUAUGACGGAUGAUCAACUAGCAAACGUUAUAGAUCAUGUUAAUAUUUUCGCCCGUGCUACUCCAGAGCACAAGCUUAACAUAGUUCGUGCUCUAAGGAAAAGAGGUAAUAUUGUUGCAAUGACCGGUGAUGGUGUCAAUGAUGCGCCGGCUCUUAAAUUAGCCGAUAUUGGUGUUUCUAUGGGUAAAAUGGGCACAGACGUUGCAAAAGAGGCCUCUGAUAUGGUUUUAACUGACGACGAUUUCAGUACAAUUUUGACAGCAAUUGAGGAAGGAAAGGGCAUCUUCAAUAACAUUCAAAAUUUUCUGACCUUCCAACUUUCAACGUCAGUUGCUGCUUUGUCUUUGGUUGCCUUAGCGACUACAUUCAAACUACCAAAUCCGUUGAAUGCCAUGCAAAUCCUAUGGAUUAACAUUUUGAUGGAUGGUCCGCCGGCUCAGUCGCUUGGUGUUGAAGCAGUCGAUCAUGAAGUUAUGAAAAAGCCACCCAGAAAACGUACCGACAAACUUUUGACAAGUGAGGUUUUAAAACGUUUGCUAAUUAGUGCCCUAUUCAUCAUUGUUGGAACAGUUUAUGUGUUUAUCAAAGAAAUGAACGAAGACAACAAAGUAACGGCAAGAGACACUACUAUGACAUUUACAUGCUUUGUUUUCUUUGAUAUGUUUAACGCAUUGUCCUGUAGACAUUCUACGAAAUCCAUUUUCACUAUUGGAAUUUUUACAAAUAAAAUGUUCAACUACGCUGUAGGUUUUUCAUUGCUCGGUCAGCUGUGUGCCAUAUACUUCCCAUUUUUCCAACAAGUUUUCAAAACAGAAAGCUUAAGUCUGAGCGACUUAGGUUUUCUCUUAAUGAUUAGUAGCACGGUAUUCAUCGCUGAUGAACUGCGCAAAUUGUGGGCAAGGAAAACAGCCUCUAUAUAUCCAAGCGUCUACUCGACCGUCUGA